AUGAAUACCGAUCCUCUCAAACUUUCGCCGCGUUCAGAAACCAUCGUACCAAUCGCUAGCACGAGACCGGAAGGAACAGCUUUAGUACUUCAUUCACAAAUUCUACAAGGAGAAAACGUCCGUCUCGGAAAUGUGGUAAACACAGUUAAGCAUGGAAAAAUAUUAGCUAUUGCCAUCAACACUUCAGAAGAGCACAUUACGAU